CACCCACCUUUGCCUUACAGUUUCAUCUGAUGCACGGCCUCAUAGUGUUGAUACUGGUCGAGUCCCGGUCAGCAGUGCUCCUCCCCAGGCCUGGCAGGCUCACUUGGCUGCUCCUGACCAUCACCUUCACCUGCACAGCCAUGGGGUGCAUCCAGAGCAUCGCCUGUAACAAGUCGCGCAUCAAACGCGAGAACAUCGUGGUGUACGACCUGUCCGCCACCAUAGACCACUGCCCGACUGUCAUUGAGGAGAACUCGCCCAUAGUGCUUCGGUACAAGACGCCCUACUUCAAAGCCUCGGCGCGGAUUGUGAUGCCCCCCAUUCCGCGUAAUGAGACCUGGGUGGUAGGCUGGAUCCAGGCGUGCACCCAGAUGGAAUUUUACAACACCUACGGAGACGUCGGCAUGUCGAGCUGGGAGCUGCCUCAGCUACGAGAAGGCCUGGUGAGAGCCAUCAGCGACUCAGACGGUGUGAGCUACCCCUGGUAUGGAAACACAACAGAGACUGUCACCAUAGUGGGUCCCACCUCCAAGCCAUCCCGCUUCAUCGUUAGCAUGAAUGACAAUUUUUACCCCAGCGUCACCUGGGCUGUGCCGGUCAGUGAAUCCAACACGCCCUUACUGACUAACAUCAAAAGGGACCAGAGCUUCACCACCUGGCUGGUGGCGCUCAACACCACGUCCAGGGAAAAGAUCCUGCUCCACACCAUCAAGUGGAGGAUGAGGGUCGAUAUCGCGGUGGAUCCGUCGCUGCCUCUGGGCUCCAGGGCCAGGCUGGUGGGCCGGGUGCACCAGGACCAGCCGCGGGUGCUGACUCGCAUGGAGCCCAUCCCUCCUAAUGCCAUGGGGAGGCCCAACGCCAAUGACGCCCAGGUUCUGAUGUGGAGGCCGAGGAGAGGGCCUCCACUUGUUGUUAUACCACCCAAGUAGAACACUGGAAGCAUCUGA